ACGUUUUCAGAUCAGAUUUACUGUAUUGCUUUGUUGGAAGAUUGUUGGCCACGGUUGGAAGCGUGAAAUGGGAAGUCUGGGAGGUGACGCGUAGGCGUCUUGCAGAACUUGGCUGUGAAACAAGCUUUCCCACGCCUAGGCUUGUUCUUGCCUUGUUCGAGCGAAGGGCGACAUGACCGUUUCGCUGCGCUUCCGCCGUAUGCCAGAUCCUCGUGAUGCGGAAAUAGAGCAUAGUCGCCUCUAUCGCAUAUUCAGAUUUUCGCUUCUCAGUUACUAGAGCUAAGAAGUAGUACUAAUGCACAAACGUCAUGCUCAAUCAGCUCUGCCUUGCAACCUGUCGCCGCCAGCAAGCCCGAUGAAAGACCACAUUUUCCAGACAAUGGGAUGAAGGCACCAGUAGAGCCCGCUCGACGACUCGGCAAGCGCGAGCUGGGACGGUAUGCAUUCGAAGAGCGGAUGCCAGAGAGCUUGGCUACUAUCCUGGCUGCGGAACAAGAUCAGAACGCUUGCAGCGAUGUCAUUCCCGUACUCGCUCAGCUCCUGGAACGCGGUUCACACGUGGAGCAUGCCUAUCUUUGCGACCCGUGCGUUACGCAAGUCUACAAGCUCCGAGCCGAGGGUAACCACUUCUGCGGCUACCGCAACAUCCAGAUGCUGUGCCUUGCAACCAGUCGACUCUGGCUAACGUCUGGUCUUCCGCGCGACAAGCCUACGAUACCGUGCGUUCAGUCAAUGAUCGAGCAGGCCUGGAGUGAAGCCAUAAAUGCUCACGGCCGUGACGCAACUGGAGGCAUUUGCGGGACGAGGAAGCAUAUAGGAACGUCGGAGGCCGAGGCGCUUUUGCUUCUUCACGCAAUUGAAUGUGUUGGGACGGUCUUUCGAGGGAAGACUGCCUGGGCUGAGCUCCUUGAUCAUGUCGAGCAGCACUUCAAGCGAGCAGCCACAUGUUCUGGCGUGAAGGGCAAGAUCCAGAUCACGGACUGCCUACCGAUCUUCUUGCAGCGCCCAGGUCACUCUAUGACUAUCGUUGGGUUUGAGCGCACGAGGUCUGGCGAACGGCGGCUUCUGGCAUUCGAUCCUGCAUGGCGGCCGCCGUUGAGUACGCUCGGAAGGGUCAGGAACGCAGAGAGAUGCUCGAAAUGGAGAGCUUACUUUGCUUUGCUCCAAUAUGAGAAGAGCGAGAGGUACUUGCGAAGAUGGAAGAUGUUCGAGACACUGAGCAUUCAUCAUGGCGACGGUCAUUCUGACGAGAAGGGCACUUAUCGGAAGGAACGACAGCCAAGCUAAUGCAAUCAAGUUAUUGAUUGCUCUCAAUCCAACCUAUCGCUCGCUCCGUGCCCAUGUGCGUAAUGUCGGCUGUUGAUCACCAUUGACAGGCCAUGUCGGCAACACCGCUUUCCUCUAUCCUGAGGCCUAUAUUGCCCUUGAUAUAUGUGUAGAUUCAAGCCUUCGAUGCUGUCGUUCUGACUCGGAGAGAGAGGAGGCCGGAUGCCCCACUCUUCGGAUCGCAAGGACCCGAUGUGGCUUGCAGAGUGGCGCAGUACUCGAACCACCGCAGGCAGGAGCAUUCGACGG